GUGCUCGCAACCCCCAUCAUUGGACGAUACCGUAGGAGCCUUGCCGUGAUUUGCAUUUAUCGAACUUUUGCUGUUCUUACGCAAGAAAAGUACUAUUUAAGUUCUAAAGAAUCUAUCCAGAGCUAUACGUUCGUUGUUUCAAAUCAAAUCAUUAUAAUAUGGAUAAUGCAGAUGCUAAAGGAUCUCGACGUCUCAACCCUUUUAAUUGUGAUACAAACGAACAGCAGAGUCUCAUAUCUGCUCUGUAUGAUGCCCCAACGCUCACAAACUUCAGAGUGAAAGGCUUUUUAGAAUAUCUAUCUAGCGAUUAUUUCAGCAUACCCUUCGCACGCAUCAACGAGAAUUCAUCAGUGGAGGAGUUGAAGGAUGCAAUUCUCAAAUGCAAACAUAUGUUCUUGGCUUUAUCUAACGAAUCGUCGGGAAGAAAAGAUCGAAUAUUAGAUCGGUUGAUCCAGUUAAGGAGGAUUUUACAUGAUGUUAAGGAGUUCUCAGGCGUGUCGACGAAACCAAGUUCCUGUUAUUUUGGAUCUUCACCUCGUUUUCCAGAGCUAUAUUUAUUAUCACGUAGCUUAUCUCAGGUGUCUCUGCCAUGUUUGCCUUACCGAAUUAUGGGUCCUGAGGGUUCACGUCCAUCUAUACACCAUACUCCUUUCCCUGGUGGUCACGAUUUCCAAAGUGUUUCUGCGAUGCGUCAUCUGGGCGGAACGUGCGAAUAUUGUAGGCACUUAAUUCGUGGUCCGGUUGGAAAAAUAUUACGUUGUCGGGCAUGUGGUGUUAUAUGUCAUUUUGAUGGAUGUUUUAAUAGCCUAACACGUCGGUGUCCAGGUGCAUUACUUUUUCCCAGUACUAGUACUAAACACCAUAUGGGAUGUCGGCGUUUGCGAACGGAAAGUGAAAGCGGCACUCAUAAUAAUCCAAAGUUUCAUCUUACUGGAGUUACUUUAUUUGAUACUAGACGCCGUAUUUCAUUUAAACAUUUGGAAGUUUCCAACUUACCUUUUCUUUCGGCAGAUCUAACUUUACAAUCAUGGACUUGUGCAGAAUGUCUGGGAUCCAUUGAUUUUACACCAUCAUAUACAGUUUUAUCAGGACGUUUGAAUACACGUAAUCUGGGUAAAACGAUCAAUGAGGUCAUUGAAACAGGUAUCGGUGUACUUAUUGGGAAAGCUUUUCAAGAUAUAUUACCAAAACACAACUCUAUAGAUCACGUGACGUCUUACCUAAGUACUCAACAAUUGUCUUUGCCUACCUAUUUAUUGAAACCUUUUUCUACAGGACCAUCUCUAGUAGGAUCCAAUCAAUCAACUGAUAACCUAAAACAAUAUGUUGCUUUUGCUUCUCAUAGCGCUUCUGAACCAAUCCAAACAUGGCAUGACGCGUUUGUUAUAGAGGCAUUUGGAAAAGUCAGUCGUCGGAUUUCACCAUCCUUAUUUAUCAAAACUCAAAACGGACGCUUAACAAUAGAUAAGCAAGCAAGUGAGCUAAAUGUAUUAGAGAAUUAUGCUGCAGACACUGCAUGCACUAUGGAUUCUGCUCGUUUAUGCUACUACUCAGGAUAUUUUUAUUGUUCUAGGUGUCAUUGGGGAGAUACUCAUCAAAUUCCAGCUUGGAUGUUUGUUCUGGGUGAUUAUGAACCUAAACCGGUAUGUCGAACCGCGUACUUGUGGCUAAAUUAUGCUUGGUCACGCCAUUUAUUCCGCGUUCCUGUAUCGUGGUAUUAUCAUGAACCGUUGGCCAGACAAGUAUGUUCUAUUCGUACUAGGAUUUUCAGACUACAACCAUACUUCAAUAUAUGUUCAGGUGCAAAACUCUGCAGUUUAGAUUUUAAAAAAUAUGGUCUUGAAUGGUUUCUUGAGCAACCGUAUACAUUCACCAUGGAUUUAAUAAGUCAAGUAUUGAAUGGGAAACUGAUUGUACAAUUGACAAAUUUCUUAUCUAAAGUAAACGAACACAUUGAGCAAUGUCAGGUAUGUGAAACUCACAUUCCGAGUUAUUGUGUCGUUUGCAAUGAGGGGCCUACACGCCCAUAUCAUAUGAAAAUGGCGUUUUGUAAUCGAUGUAAUAAAUCAUGUCAUCGAUCUUGUUUGUCCGUGCCAUUACCGAUCUGUCUGAAAGAUACACCAUUCUAUGUGGAGAUCAUUAGAACGUACGGAUUAGAUUUUGACUGGAAUGAAGCUGAGGAUGAGUGGAUUGAAGUACUUUAUCCUUCCUUAUGUGUAUUAUGCAAACAAUGUGGUUUGCACUAAACUUACAUCAUUGUUUAAUUCGUUGGACAGAUUUUUCAGUCAUAUUCGUGUUAUCCUCGAACACUGUUCUCAUGCACUUCUAUUUUUCGAUUGCAUAUUUUUCAAGAUAUCGCUGUGUAAUUUCUUGAUUCGAUGAAUUUGUAUAUAUUUAGGAUAAACCUUCUUGUAAGUAUGCAUGAAUAUAUAGUGUUUUGUCUCCUUAAUUUUACAUUUACUUUCACUGAUUUCAUAUUGUUUUUCGUAACUGUACUUAAUUUGAUUUAAUACAUUCCAAUUUAGU